AAGAGAGAGAGAGAGAGGGAGGGAGAGAGAGAGCGAAAAAACUGCUGGAGAGAGAGAGAGGGAGGGAAACACCUCGCAUAGUAACGCCCGAAACAGAGUCUUCGGCGAAAAAAAGAAAAAGAAAAAAACAUGUCGAUGCCCACGAGGUUUACACCUUCCCAUUGCUCUCUCCGUUUCACCAACCCCGAUCUCCACCUUCCAUCAUCCCUCUCUCACCUACAACCGCCGCCGCCGUUCACCUUAAGCUUCCCCUCAAACACCUCCGCCGCCACAACACUCGCCUUGCGUGCGGAUCACGUGCCCAGACUUCCCGUCCUAGCCUUUUCCGGCGGCGGCGGCGCUAACGGCCGAAAUGGGCGCAACUCCGGCGGCGGCGGUGGAGGUGGUGGUGGCGGUGACGGAGAGGAGGAGGAAGAGAACGAGGAGGAGGUGGAGAGAUGGGAGGGGAACAAGGCGGCGGCGCUCCUAGCUCUGGCGGCGGCCAAACGGACGUUGGAGAGCCUGCCGAGGGAUCUGGCGGCGGCGAUCGAGGCGGGGAAGGUACCGGGAUCCGUCGUGUCGAGGUACUUCGAGCUCGAGAAAUCGGCUUUCUUCCGGUGGUUGCUUCAGUUCGCAGGGUUCAAAGAGCGGUUGUUGGCUGACGAUCUGUUUUUUACCAAAGUUUUUAUCGAGUGCGGCAUUGGACUCUUCACCAAGACUGCUGCAGAGUAUGAGAAGCGCAAAGAGAACUUUUUCAAUGAGCUGAAAUUUGUAUCGGCAAAUGUGGUGAUGGCCAUAGUUGCAGAUUUCAUGCUUGUCUUCCUUCCUGCUCCUACUGUUUCUCUACGUCCACCUAUUAGUGUCAAUGCUGGAUCGAUGGCUAAAUUCUUCUAUGGCUGCCCCGAGAACGCAUUUCAGGUUGCUCUUGCCGGAACUUCAUUUUCCUUUUUACAGAGAAUUGGUGCAAUAGUGCGUAAUGGGGCAAAGCUUUUGGUAGUUGGAACCACGUCAUCUCUGAUUGGCACAAGUGUUGUAAAUGUAUUGAUAAAUGUGAAGAAGGCUGUUGACAAUUCCUCCGCGGAUGAAAUCAAGAAUUUGCCUAUACUAGCUACUAGUUUCAACUAUGGUGUCUACAUGGCAGUUUCUAGCAACCUCCGGUACCAAGUACUGGCCGGUAUUAUUGAACAACGGAUGUUGGAACCGUUGCUGCAUCAACACAAGUUGAUGUUAACAUUGUUCAACUUCAUAGUCAGAACUGGCAACACUUACUUGGGAUCAUUAAUGUGGGUGGAUUAUAUGCGUUUGGUAGGCCUUUCGAAGGUUCAUCAAGCAGAAUAAUGGGUGCCAUCAAUUGCCUCGUAUCUGGGUUUGAAAUUUGGUCGCCGGUUUGUCCAAUUUGUUGACAUGCACUUUAGGUCGGUGGAUAUUUGAUUGAAUUUGUGGGAAGUUAUAGGCAUUGGUAUACUUAGGUUUCCCACUUUUUCUCCAGCUGUCUGAAUGGCUAAAUGCCGGGCUCUCAAAUGAGUUACCAUUUUCCCCUUUUCAUUCAUUUUUCUUCUCUCUUUACGGAUGAUGAUGUCAUUUCCCGGUGGAAUGGCUUUGAGCAUGAUUCUGAUUAUUGACGUGUUUGCAUAAAUUUGUUUGGUAGACGCUGGCCAAUGUGAUUUGAAUUGUUUGGAUAAUGUAAAAGUUUGGGUAUUCAAUGAAA